AUGGAGCUGGUGAAACAACAAGAUGGGAAUGAUUCUCUCGAUAUGCUUAUCAGACGUGCUGUUGGAAAAGACCCUUUUCUCUCUUUCCCUAGACCUGAAAACAGUCCAGUCCAGCUCUUUCAACUUCUCCAUACCUUAGAACGUCCAGGUUGGCCGUUGUUGACUCCUUUGAAGAUACAGAUGCAGAAGUGUGAAAAGUGCACCAGGGAGUUUUGCUCUCCUGUGAACUACAGAAGGCAUAACCGUAUGCAUCGGCGUUUAAAAAAGCCUGAAAAGGAUUCUGGCAAAGAGAGGGAUGCUCUGGGAGCCUUUUGGAAUAAGCUCUCUGUAGUUGAUGCAAAGGAGAUUCUCUCACUAAAGAGCGUGAUGCUGGAGGAAGUCCCUGGUGCAUCAGUUGAGUCGGGACUAGUGUCACUUAUUGAAAAACCAGGAUAUACUGCUCUCCCUCAAUAUUAUCUAAGAGCUGGUUCUGAACUUUUGGAUAUUGUCCAGGCUAGACCACCUAGGUUUCCAAUUUCUUCACAGGAACUUUUUAGCAUUCUCGAUGAUGCAAGUGAAAAGACUUUCUUGAGUAAUGAGGCUGCACCAAUUCAAAAAUACAUUUUUGACGGGGAAACUGGAAAAAAUGUGCUGGAGGCUAAAAAUGUCGUUGCUUGCGCAAGCUUCCUUCUGGAACAGCGAUUGAUUAAAGCAUGGCUUGCUGACAAAGAUGCGGAAGCUUUGAGGUGCCAAAAUUUACUGGUUGAAGAGGAAGAAGCUGCACGAAGAAGACAAGCUGAGCUCUUAGAGAGGAAGAAGAGGAAGAAGCUGAGACAGAAAGAACAGAGAGUAAUGGACCAGAAAAAAUAUGCUAAGGAAGAUGUGAGUACCACAUCGGAGGAACAGCAAUCUCCAGCUGAGUCUUCGAGCCCGUUAUCUGUAACUUCUGAUUCCGAGGCACAAAGAUCAGAUUCCAUACCAAUUGAGGAUUCUUCAUCCCUCGAGGAUCCUCAGAUUUUGGAACCGGACAAUGGGAUAAACGGUGAACCUCAGGCGUCCAUGGUUGAUGGUAAUGGUUUUGGCAAUAGCCAAACCAUGGAAAGGCGAAGUGGGCGCAGGCAAAUGGAAAGAUCACAACAGGGAAUUCCGAAUGGGUUCCAUGGUAAUCAUGCUCCGAAACCUGGAGGCAUGAGAAAGAAUGGAACUAGCAGAGACGCAAGAGGCAGUACUACUAAAGUUUGGAGCCGAAAAGCUGAUAAUCCCAAAUUGAUAUCAACAGAUGCAGCAGUGACUCAGCUUGAUCAAACAAAGAACAGUGAAGUUCUGAUUGGGUCGGUCAGUGUAACAAUCCGUAACAGCUGUCUCAGCGGAGAACAUAACCAAACAAAAUGCGGUGAAGAGGAAGUAAGAGCAAAGACUGUUGAGGCGAAACCAAUAUCUGAGCAAUCAACUGUAAAAGUAUGGAGACCAGUGAGCAGUCAGGGACGCAAAGUCUCAACACCCGAUGAAAACAGAGACAAAGAAGAUAAGAAGUCAAGCGCAACUGCAGCUGAAGUAAAUACCGCUCAUCAUAUUAGCUUGCAGUUCAACAACCACGAAGCAAAGGCGUUUCUUGCAAAGAGAUGGAAAGAGGCAACUUCUUCAGAACAUGUGACAUUGGUUCUGUCUCAGGAAACAGAGAUUGCACGCAACAACACUCACGAAUCAUCAAAUGGUGCUAUAACCGUGAGACCAAAGGUCAGGACGAAACCCGAAAAGGGCAUGAAAGUAAAGUAUGUUCCGAAACAGAGAUCCCCUGAAUAA